AUGGUUGCAUUAUCGGAUUCCACCGUAUAUAUCCGAACAAAAUGCUCGGUGGAAGCUGUGAAGAAAUUGAAUUUGUGGGGAUGCGAUAUCGACGACAUAUCUAUCUGUGAAAGAAUGGUAAACAUCGAAGUGCUUUCAUUGAGUGUGAAUCGGGUCGAGACCCUGCAGCCACUGCGGAAUUGCACUCGUCUUGUUGAGCUUUACCUCCGAAAAAACAAUAUUCAAAGCCUUACCGAGCUCGAGCACUUGAAAGACCUACGUAAUUUGCGUGUGCUGUGGAUAGAUGAGAACCCGUGCACGAAAUCAGGUGACUACCGUCAUCGUAUUCUACGAAUUUUACCACAAUUGACCAAGUUGGACGAUCGACCCGUGACCUUGGACGACCAUAUGGAAGCCCAACAAGACGAUUCUGCCCCAGAAUGUGAUAUGCACUCUAGCAUGUUGAGUCUGAAUAGUGCUCGCAGUACCCGAAGCAGCGUUACCGUACAUGACGCUAUGACACAGUCGCUAUACGGAAAAGCCAUAGUGGAUACGGUAAUGCAGCCACAAAUGGUCAGCUAUGGAGAUGCAUCGGACGAGGAACGACUUCCACCGCCACGGGAUCCGCAGUCAUUUCGAGAAUCCAUGAGAGGUUCAAGGCUAAGCCUAAUGAGCCAGUCUAUGAGCCAGUCCAUACAUCCGGCAUUAAUGACGCAGUCAAUCUAUGAGCCUGCACAUGAGGAGCGAGAAGAUGAUUGGGGUGAUUUCAGCCUGGAAGAGGAAACUCGUCCACUUUCGAUGGAUGCCAUUGCAAAUAGAAUGUGUAUGUCAAUGUACGAAUCUAGACGAACUCCUACUUCUUCAACAUAUCAGCGAAGUGUCAGUGCUCCUAGGCGAAGACUUCAUCCCCGAAGGGAGUCACAGAGCCCGGCUCGGGACAUCCGAACCGGGAAAAUCAUGUCAGCAGUGUCAGUAUUGUUGGACGAGUUAGACGCUGAUGGCUUGCGAGCUGUCAUCGAGCAAGCACAAGAUCGUAUGAAGAAACGGUGGUAG